AUGGCUGGCCGACCGUAUCAGCGCGUGGCGCCUUCUGCGCAUCACCACGAGAGCGAUGGCAAUGACAGUGAUAGUGACAGCGAGCAGCAGCAAUGCGAUAGUCGGUCGCAGCGACCAACGCUGUGGAAAAUGCGACUUAACGCUUGUCUGUGGAUGGCGGUCGCAGGACUCGUAGCUUACGGGACCAAUUUCUUCCGCGUCGUUUACACGGACUUGCGCGUCAAACGUGGGUUCUUUCAGGUAGCGCUGAUCUGCACGGGAGUCACCAUCUGCAUCAUAGCGUAUCUGGUUAUCUACUUGCCUUGUAUUAAACGCAUCCAGCUCAAGAGGAGCAUCUACUGCCCUAAAAUAAUCUCUGCGGCGACCAUCAUGGAAUCAGUGGCCGCGUCAUGCUACAUCUGCGCCUUGUGGCCGGUCUGGGGGCUGCUCACGCCAGGGCUGCUGGGGCUACUGCUCAUCGGAGCGCUCAUGACGACACACUUCCUACCGUCCAUUUAG